AACUCUCUCAACUUCGGAGGUAUCGUAUCAUUUACGUCCGUCGAGCCAGGACUAGAUAUCUAAUUGCCUGAACGAUAGAAUUGGCGCUUAUUGAUUUUUUCCUUGUCAUCAUGACGACGGAAAGAAGCUUUGUUCGCGAAAUUCCCGAAAUUCCUCUAGAUAAUAAUGAUAAAAAUGAUACGUCGAAAACGAGGAACGAUGUAGACGUGGAAAACGGUAGAGGGGAACGCUUUCCGGUCAAGCAAGCGAGUUUUGGUCAAGACACCGAAACAUCUGAAGACGCAUCUUCCGGUAAUUCCUCAGCUGAAGAGGAUGAACAGUCUUGGAUAUCUUGGUUUUGUGGUUUGAAGGGAAACGAGUUCUUUUGCGAAGUAGACGAAGAGUACAUCCAGGACGAUUUUAACCUCAGUGGCCUGAGUACUAUGGUUCCGUAUUAUGAUUAUGCACUCGAUCUGAUACUCGAUGUGGAGUCCCCGAAUGACGAUAUGCUGACUGAACAGCAACAUGAGCUGGUCGAAUCUGCCGCGGAAAUGUUAUAUGGUCUUAUACAUGCUCGUUACAUUCUUACAAGCCGUGGUAUGGUUGCCAUGCUUGAAAAAUACAAACAGUGCCAUUUCGGGCGUUGUCCACGGGUUUACUGCAACAACCACCCUUGCCUGCCAGUAGGAACAUCUGAUAUUUUUAGGACAGCCACGGUAAAAACAUUUUGCCCGAAGUGCGAGGCAAGUGAUUCCCAGGACAUUCAUUUUCCAAGGAGUAAAUAUCAGGGAAAUAUCGAUGGUGCAUAUUUUGGCACCACAUUUCCCCAUCUUUUUAUCAUGACAUAUGGAUAUCUGAAGCCCCAGAGGAGCUCAACCGAUUACGUGCCAAGAAUUUUUGGCUUCAAGGUACAGCAGUGCCUUCCUCUCUUAACACUAACUUACACUGAGGAGUGA